AUGUUUGGAAAAAAUAUAUAUUAGGAUGAUGUUCCAAAUUUUCCUGAAAUCUCUGAAGAUUAUUUUGAAAUCAAAGAUGAAAAAACAAUAAAUGAAUUAAUGAAUCUAUAUAAUUCAUCUAAAAUACUUAUACCAGUGAAUGGCUCAGUGUCUAAUGAAUUUAGAGAAAAAUAAUUAGGAUUGCUUAGCUUAUUUGAUUUGUUAGAUAAUUAAUUAAAAUCUAAUUAAUGCAAACCAGAUAUAUAUGAACAUAAUGAAAUAGAUUGUAGUAUUAAUACUCCAUAUCAAAAUUUUGACUAUUAUAAUUUAUCGAAUAUUGAUUAUGAUCAAAAUGAAGCAUAGAAAGAAGCUGCAAAAUUCUUAACCAAUAAUAAAAAUGAAUUAUAAGAAAAAUUUGAGAAAAUGUAAAUUGAAACUAAACAUAAUAACAAAUAAAUAUAACAUGAAAAAUUAACUAAAAAAAUGGAACUCUUAUCUUUUUAAGAUUAAGAGUAUGAAUGA